UUGGUCCGACCGAAUCAACAUGUGCGCGACAAGUAACAGCUGUCAUACCACGACAGAAUUUCCUCGGCAAGACAGAAACAAUGGCUGAAAACGUGAAAGUAGCUGUUCGAGUGAGGCCUUUCAAUGACCGCGAGAAGCAGAGAAAGGCCACCCUCAUCAUUGAUAUGAAGGGGAACAGCACGUACAUCAAAAACCCUGAGGACUUGAAGGCCGAGCCUCGCUCUUUUGCCUUUGAUUAUUCGUACUGGUCACAUGAUGAAUUCAAGGAAUCGUCCAGUGGCUAUCUGGAACCCACAGGAAGCAGAUAUGCUGACCAGAGGAGGGUAUUUGAUGACCUUGGGAGAGGUGUCCUUGACAAUGCCUGGAAGGGCUACAACUGCUCCUUGUUUGCCUAUGGACAGACAGGAAGUGGAAAGUCCUACUCAAUGGUGGGAUAUGGUAACAAUAAAGGAAUUGUCCCUAUUUUCUGCGAGGAACUCUUCAAAGGAGUGGAGGACAAAAAAGCCACAGCCGGUGAAAAUGAAGAGUACCAGGUGACAUUGAGCAUGCUGGAGAUUUACAAUGAACAGGUCAGGGAUCUCCUUAAUCCAAAAUCCAUCGCUCAAAAAGGCGGAUUAAAAGUCCGACAGCAUCCGUCCAAGGGAUUCUAUGUGGAAUCUCUGGUCUCCUGUCCUGUCAGCAGCUACAAUGACAUCGAGAACAGAAUCAGCGAGGGAACACGAAACAGAACUGUGGCAGCCACAAACAUGAACGCCACCAGCAGCCGAGCUCAUACCAUUGUUGCCAUCACAUUUGUCCAGAAGACCCCGAAUGAAACGGGACAGAGCAUGACAAGGACAUCGGUGGUGAACCUUGUUGAUCUGGCAGGAAGUGAAAGAGCAGAAUCAACAGGAGCCACCGGGGACCGUCUCAAAGAAGGAUCAGCCAUCAACCAGUCGCUGAGUACCCUGGGAAAUGUCAUUAAGGCCCUGGCCGACUUAUCAAUGGGCAAUAAGAAAACUGUUGUUCCAUACCGCGACUCUGUUCUCACCAAACUUCUACAGAACGCUCUUGGAGGCAACAGUAAAACCAUCAUGAUUGCCGCUCUCAGCCCAGCAGACAUUAACUUUGAUGAGACUCUCUCUACCUUGAGGUUUGCUGACAGAGCCAAGGCCAUCAAGACAACAGCCACAGUGAACGAGAGUCCGACCGACAAACUGAUCCGUGAACUCCGGGAGGAAAACGCGCGGCUGAUGGAGCUGCUUAAAUCAGGGGGCAUCACUCUGGAACAGCUGCAAGCUUCCGGUGGGGCAGUUGGUCAAAACCCAAACCAAGAAGUUGAAGAAAUGAAAAAGGCAAUGGAAGAAGAACUCCGAAAGAACCAAGAAGAGAUUGAAAACAUGAAGAAAACAUGGCAGGAGAGACUGUCAGAGCAAGAAACAGCAAAUAAGGGUAAUGUUGAUGCAGAACGCAAAAAGCAGGAAGAGAAAAAGGUUAUUCCCCACUUUUGGAAUCUGCAUGAAGACCCUGCCCUGACUGCCAUGAUAGUCCAUUUCGCCAGAGAAGGUACAUCAAAAAUUGGAAACAAGAAUGCCAGCCCUCCAGCAGAGAUAACUAUAAGUGGACUCAGCAUUCAGAAGCAACAUGGUGUAGUUACAAACAAGGGUGGAGUGGUGAAAAUCAAAUCUGUUGACGGCAAAAUUCUGGUCAACGGAGCCAAAAUUACGAAGGAAACGGAACUCCAUCACAAUGACAGAGUGUUGUUUGGUCCAAAUCACCUUUAUGUUUUCCACCACCCACAAGAUGAGGCAAAGAAUGUCAAGGAAGGAAAAGUGACAGAGACCCCAACCUACGACACGGCCCAACAGGAAAUUGCCAAAAAGGCCGGCUUCAUGGACAAGACUGGGAAAUCGGAGGAUGACCUGAUUCUGCAAGAAGAUGUAAUUCAAAUGCUGCCGAUGGUCAAUGAAGCCGACGCCAUGUCUGCAGAGCUGGACAAGAAGGUCAAGUUUGAACUUGCUCUGGUGUCCCCACAGGCCAGGGGUCUCAAAGAAGGAAAAACAGAGGUGAUGGUGAAGAUCAGGAAUCUGGAGAGCGGCAAUGAAUGGCUGUGGGAUCGUAACAAGUUCAUCAACAGGAAGUUCCUGAUGCAGGAGAUGUAUCAGAACUACGUAGAGGGAGCAGAUGACUGGGAUGUGCCGAGGGAGAAGGACCCGUUCUGGGAGGAUGCGGAUGUAGAGGUGUUGAUUGGGACAGUCCAUGUCCAUCUCAUGUCACUGAGUCACAAACUGGACAUCGAGGAGACUCUGACUGUCACUAACUACCAGGGCAAGGAAAAUGGUCACAUAGAGAUUGAGGUCAUGCCAUGUACAACUAAGGGAGGACCCCUAGGAGAGGAUGACUUUUUGGAUGACCCCAAAGAAUUGGUUGGGAAGGAGCUCAACUUCAAAUUCAAGAUCAAUUUUGGCCGUGGUCUGCCAUCUAACAUGAGACAGAGCUGCUGUAAGUUCAAGUUCUACCUGGACAAUCAGUACUCCUCGACUGCCUUUGUGGAUGGAAUGAAUCCAGAGUACAAAUUUGAGAAACUUUUCAAGUUCUCCAAAUGUACCUCAGAACUUGUGGACUACCUGAUGGAUUCUGUAGCAGUGAUUGAAGUGUGGGGCAAACAAAAGGAUUCUUCACAAAAGGGUGGGGCCACCUUAGGGGCAGACACUAAACAGCUGAUGGCUCGAGAGAAAUCCAACCUGUUUGGCUUAAGUAAUUAUGAGGAGGAGCAAGCCAAGUUAAAGAAACUUGGAGAUAAUAAACCAGUACCUGUGAAGAAGGCUGCAGCCAAGCCCGCAGACAACAACAAAGACAACGGAGUUAUCAUCCCUGUUCCUCCCCCGCCGGCGGCUGAUAAAAAACAAACGGACCAGCAAAUCAACACCUACAAAAAGCAAGCGGACGAUGCCAACCAGAGAGCCAAGGCAGCGGAGCAGAGGGCAGCAAAUUCCGAAUCAACGGUGUCUGACCUCAGAAGCUUACUGAAUCAAAAGAAGAGAGGAGGAAAUGAUACCAUCACUAUUGCAGAGCUGGAAGCUAUGCUUGGAGGGGGAGGGCGGACUUCCUCUAGUGCCGCCCAGAAGGAAAACAUGGGAGAUCAAGCAUCUAAGGCCUGCUCUAUCCAAUGAAAUCCGCAGGGAUCUUUCUAUAGACAACUGCAUGAACUGUGGACAUUGGUUGUCCAUCUCCUUCCAUGAUUUUAGUCCCAAAUUUUGACAUUUUUUCUGGAUUUCUUGAAUCCUGCUAAUAACUUUGUGAAUGGUCGUUAUAAUAUCCAAAAAGGUUGUGUGUUUAAAUGAUACUGACAUGUUUCCAAAAUAUAUGGAACUUUUGAUUGCAAAAAUUCUUGCAAACUUAUUUUGUUCAAAGAUAAAAGAAACUCUUUGUGGGUCUUUUUCUUCAAAUAUAUUUGCCAGCGUAUAUCUGCAAUCUUCCAUGUGUGCAAAAUUCUAACAAGCAAUGUAUAAUGAUUUAUUUUUUCUCAAAACACCGUCCAUUAUUUAUGUACUUCUAUACUUUUCUUGUUUUCAUGAUAACAGAAAAACCGGUAAUGUUUAUACUGCAGGUACAGGUAGAAAAUAUAAGUAAGAGGUUUAGAAAAUUUUUGAUUUAAAGCCAUAAAGUAGGUAUAUACAAUGUAAUAUAUAAAUUGUAAUUGUCAUUGCAUUGGUUGUUGUAUAAUUUUAUCAUAAGAAAUAAAUUACACGUAAUUUAGAUCAUAUAUACUUUAAAUUAAUUUUUAUUCAGGUUUUUUUAGUUUACAUAUUUGUUAAUAUGUUAUUAGAGUCUUAUUUUGUUGGUAUGAUAAUUAUUUUAAUUUUUUUUAACUUUUAUUGAUAUUUCCAAUUUAUUAAGUAGAAAAAUUGAUAAACAGGGUUUUGCCCAUUAAGUUUACUGAAUAUGGGAUUUGAAGAAGAUAGUUUAUUUUUGUACACAUGCCUUAUGAAUAUCAUCUCAUAUCCGUCCUGUUAUACAUGUAUAUGUAUUUUUUUAUGAUCAACCAGUGUUUCUUUAGCUGUGUCUAUAGUUGAUUUAGUUGACUAUUUAUCUUAAUCAAAUCACAAACUUCUUUGUGCAAUAUAGAGCCUUAAGAUUGUCUUUUUCAUGAAUGUCAACAUUUUUAUAUGUUACCUAUAUUUUCUGUAACUUUACUAUGUAAAUUCAAUAAUUUUUCAGGGGUGAGGGGCGGGGGUCCUCUUUGACAACCCCUCCCCCCUAUUCCCUCGAAAUCCAGGCAUGAUCCUAUCAAAAACUACCUGCGUCUUCUUAUAAGCACUUAAAUCUUUGUAAUGCAAAGGAAAAAAGAUCUGUUUUAAACAUAUCAAAAUAUAAAUACAGUGUCUAACAUCAACUUUUAAAUAAUCGUGUAUACAUGUACUUAUAUUAAUUGCCAGCAAGCCAAUUGAUGAUUGACCCAUGUUGGCAAUAUUUCAAAUAUUACCAAAUUUUCCAUGAUCAUUGGUGGAUGUACUAUGUUUAUUAAUGUGUAAAACUGUCCUAGUUUUGACUAGGAUUAUCAUUAUGUUAAUUUUUUGGCUGUUUAUAGCAUAACUUAUGACUGUUUUGGGUAUAUACAUUUUUUCUACUGAGUAUAUUAAACUAUGAUGCAGAAGGUGUUUUACCCCCCCCCCCCCCCCACUUGUUCUAACUUUUCACAAUUAAUCAAAAUACAAUAUUACUCACUCUCUGACACUGUAAAUGAAAUUAGUUUUGCAAAUACAUGCAUAUUUUAUAAAAUGAAUAAAAUUGGAUCAGCAACUUAU